GUUUUGCGCCAAGUCGUCAUAAUGUAACACUGUGUGUCUUUUCCAGGAUAUUAUAUAUUUUUUAAAGAAAUUAAGGAUAUCAUUUAAGGAUGUGAGAUGCAUUAAUGUAUUUCCUUUGUGAAGUUUAUCCUCUUAAAACAACAUUACUUCGACUAAUGGGGAAAUAACUUUUAGAAUAGGACACGUGUGAUGAUAUAUUAUUGUUAAUCAUAAAAUGAGGAAAUCUAAAACGCACAUUUCAACGGGAAGAGACAGUACAAAAUCAGUGGAAUGAAUUAUCAGCUAUAUCUUGCAGUUCUCGUCCUUUGUUGCGUCUCAUUAUGUUCAUCUUUAGACUGCACGAGGAAUGCCAAAGAAGGGUGCCAAGAAGAUUGUCAUUGGAUUGAGAUUAACAACACAUGCAUUGACUGCCCGCUUGGCUUUUAUGGAAUAAACUGUUCAAGUCCAUGCAGAUAUCCAAAUUUUGGGAAACAUUGCCAACAGGAUUGCUCUCAUUGUGAGAAGGAAGUGUGCAAUGCAUCAUUUGGCUGUUUGACAAGUAAUGUAACAACUUACAAAGAGGACAAGGAGGAAACGAGUCCGGAUUCAGAUCUUGCUUUGGUUAUUGGUUUUUCUGUCGGAUUUGGAGUUGUGAUGGUGAUUGCAGCUUUCUUUAUUAUUACAAUAACAAACAGAAGAUUUUACACGAGACAUAUAAGAGAAAACGCACACUAUGUUGGAUCUGUGGUAACAGAACACACUAUUUCCACGAAUCAUAGACCCCUAGAGCAAUAUACUAUACUUUGCGAUAAUAAUGAACCUACAGACGGCGGAAUUUACAUGCUAGCAAGUACACUUCGAUACGAAAAUGUACGAGUCUAAUGAGAAUUUUACUAACAAUACUAUAGAUUCUAUCACCAAAGACCAUUUCUAUGUUGUAAAUCGGUGUUAGGUUUUUUAAGAUUAUGAAAAUUAAUGCCAUAUACUCUUUCAUCAGUCUACUUAAAAGUAAAUAAAACAAAACUAAACUAAAGACACCUCUAUUUUAACGUUCUUUGUGAGUAGGCUUACUUGAAAGAUGUUGUGUUUAACAAAGCCGUUCCUUUUUAAAAAUGAUUUUUUAUGUUUAAGAGACAGCUACACUUUUAAAUUGUAUCAAGAAUUGUCUUCUUUUAACAAUUCGAAUGCUAUUAUAUCAUUCAUUUUCUAAUUUCUGGAAAAUUGGAAAUAUACGUCUAGAUAUUGUUUUUACAUUCAGUUAUUUGAAUGUUCCAGAUUUCAUACUUUUCUUAUAUUACGAUAUUAUUUGCAAAAUGAUGUUUAACUCCCCCCAAAAUAGGAGUUAGUUAUUAGGUUACUUUGAAAAUUUUAUAAGAUCACAGUGCAAGAGAAUGAACACGCAUUUAAAGCUAUUUUAACACGGAUUCAAGUUCGCACACCAUAUCAGUUUAACGUGAAAUCCAUGGUUCGCGCUCUAACCCAUUGCACUAUGUUGUUAGAUAUUAAUUUUGAGAAGAAAAUGUUAAUAGAAUUAUACUUGAUUUUAUUGAUUUUUUCGAUCGGAAAUACGUCACAAUCUGAAAGUGUCCCAUACCACCUUAAUGGGCUUGUUACUACUUAAUACAUGUGACUAUCUACUCUACUACUGAAUUAUAUUUAAUAUUAUACAUCUUAUUUUUGACUAUAUAAGAUUAUUUCGAUAUAUUUUGCUGAUUCCCUGAAAAUCAUAGCAAAACAGACUGAUUGUCUGCAUAAAGAUGCAUAAUAUUGAUGAACUAAUACACAACUAUUCGAAACAUCUUGCAUUUUUUUUAUCUAAAGAAAAGAUCAAAAUUAUUCCGAAAAAAAUUAUGUUUAUUUACUAAUCUAACAUUUACAAAGCUUUUCAACAAAGUUUGAAUUUAUCUUUUUAUUAAUUUUAACUGAAUAUAGUAAUCAAUUUUAAUACCGGUAUGGAUAUCCAAAAAAUCACGAGGAAAUUUAAAUGUCUCUUGUUUCCAAAAUUUCCACUCACUUUUGAUUAACUAAGACCUAAUAACUGGGAUUUUUGAAUAUGCAUAUAUCUAAACCACAAACGAUUUAUAAUGUCCUUAUUCUGCUGGAAUUAAAAUCAUAAGACCAAGUCAAUGAGCAAUUUAACCCCUGCCCAGUAAAUGCCUUUGUUUAUAUCUUAUACAUUUGCCAUGCAACUAUUGUACUAACUUUAAACAACAUAUUAUAGAUAUAAUCAAACAAUAUCUAAUUGUAACAAUAGAAUAAACUUUUUAUGUGUAAAUGAUUUUGUUGUUCAAAUAUCCUCUGUUUUACGAUAUGAAUAAAUAUCUGCAAAUAAUGAGUAUUUCUUUUCUACAAAAAUUUUAUGUUUUUAUGUAAGGCCAUUGUUCCACUCAUUCAGUCCUUGAGUAAAUUUUAUUCUGAACCUUGUAUGCUAACAACUGUUAGAUGAAAAGUAGGAACAUUUUUUUUCUUUUAGUUAAGAUAAUAAACAGAACAAUGUAAAUUAUACAUAAGAACAUAAAUAUACGUAAAAGUUAAUUGUAAUUAACAAGUGGUGUUUUCAGUCAGUUUAUAAAUUGAUGUCUAGGC